GGUUCGGCUAAUGCACAUGCAACAGCUGCCUAUAAUUUCUAUCAUCCAAACUCACCAUUAGGUGGUAAUGGUCAUUCACUCAAAGCAUAG